UCCAUUCUAAAUCUAAACCUCCACCUUCAUGACAAUAGUACCCGCGGAAAAUAGCGCACGGCGCGGCAUCUGUGAAGCUGCCCCCGAGCGCUAUAAUGAACAUGUACAGUACGUGAAAUAAAUUGUUUGUCAAAUCACAAAUCAUAAAUCAUAUAUGCAGAUUUAGUUCCGGUAAGAAAAUGUGAUGACGACAACAGAACAGCUGAGUGACUCCUGGCUACGGCCUCGCUCGUCUCUGUAGUGGAAACCGGGCUAUCUUCUGUCCGGCCUCGGCCCUUCAGAGCAGAUAAGUGUAAACGAUCCUCAGUUCCAAUGGUCGGUAACACAACACAGAUUAUUAUUCUGUGCUACAGGGGUUUGUGUGGACAUGAAUCAUUGAGCAGGCGACUGUAAUCCAUACAGACGGCUUGGUUCUCGGGAUGACAGCUACCCGAUGCCGCCCGGUGACCAACCGGACUCCUCUGCUUUGAAGACAAAGCUCAGAUUGCUCUCCGUCUAACAAGACAUAUGAAGAAAUCUUGGACAGGUGAGCUCCUGCAGCUCCAGGACCGGAGUGCCGCCAUUGGCUGGCUCAAUGAAUGACUUGCAAACUUGUCCCAUCUAUUAUGCAUGUCAGUAUACCUUCAGUGAGUCCUUGAGCUCAUUUCCAGGUACACGCAGUCGGGAGGUGGCCUGCGAAUAGGUGCCGCACACCAAAGGAAAGCUCUCUCCAUCUUGCGGCACUCUGGAGAGGAGUCAGAAAUGGAGCUCAUUGGAUCCACCCUGACGGCCACAUAUGCUCGGCCAAAAACCAGCCACUUCCUCCCUGCCAUCUCCACCAUGGCGUCCAGCUAUCGCAACCCUCAGCGUGCCCUGGGCAUGAAUCCCGCUGCCAGCGUGUGGAGGACCAACAGCUACUACAAGGGCAGCAGCAUGGUCCCGACCACCGCUCCCUUACAGCGAGACAAUCUGGACCUGGUUCGAGCCCAGACCAUGUUCUACCCGUCCAACAGGACAACCCUGAGCACCCGCUACACGCCCGACGACUGGUACAAGUCCAACCAGAGCAACUACAGGGAGUCCGAGUCGUCGCGCAACAGCGCCGAGAGACUGAGGAGAGACACCAUGAGGCUGAUGCAGGACCGAGAGCAGCUGACCAGGCGCACCCAGGAGAACACGAGCAAGAACAUCGGCGAGAGACUCAACGAUAUUGUCUUCUGGAAGUCGGAGCUGACCCACGAGAUUGACAACAUGGUGACAGAGAUAGCGGCUCUCAAUGAGGUCAAGAGGAGGCUGGAGAGAGCCUUGGCAGAGACCGCGGGGCCCUUGCAGGUGUCUCAAGAGUGUUUGUACCAUAGAGAGAAGCGGAGGUCCAUCGAUCUGGUACAUGACGACGUGGAGAAAGACCUCAUCAGGGAAGUGGAAGUCAUCAAGUCGUGUCAAGAAAGAAUGAGGCGACAUCUGGACCGAGCCAUAGCCCAGCUAGCGUCAAACCGAGCAGCCCAGCAUGAGCUGGAGAGAGACAUGAGCGACAAAGUGACAGCGCAGAGGAUCGACGACAGGUGUCACCAUCUGAGGAACACGUCGGAUGGCAUUGGCUACUACAGAGGGAUUGAAAGACUAGACCCCUCACUGUCUCUGCCGGACUCGUGGUCCAAGUUCACGGACGACAACAUCCUGCUGUCCCAGAGCACCCGAGCUGCCUCCCACAAGCUCAGGGACGAGAUAGAAGUCCUGCUGAACGCCACGUCCAGCGAAAUGUGGAACCAGUUCAGCAACGUCAACGUGGCCUUCACCGGCCGCAUAUCAGAGACCUCCGACGCCAAGAAGAGCCUGCAGACACACUUGGCAAAGACUCUGCAGGAAAUCUUCCAGACCGAGAUGCUGAUCGAGUCUCUGAAGAAGGCCCUGCGAGACAAGGAGUGGCCCCUGAAAGUGGCUCAGACCAGGCUGGAGGAGAGGACCCGCCGGCCGAACAUAGAGCUCUGCAGGGACAACCCACACCACAGACUCGUGACUGAGGUGAGAGAGAUCGAGGACACCAUCCAUAAGCUGCAGGAGAGGCUGAUGGAGGCCGAGAACACGCUGCAGACUCUGCUCAAGACCAAAGUGACCCUGGAGCAUGACCUGUCCAUCAAGGCCAACUCCCUCUUCCUGGACCAGGAGAAGUGCAUGAGCAUGCGCAAGAGUUUCCCCAGCAUGCCCCGUCUGGUGGGCUACACGUAGAUAGGGCUUUUUUUCUUUUAAAGAAGGGAAACUAGGAAGACGAAUUUUAAUUUAACGAUGACUGUUUUGCGGUUUUGGAGUGAUUUGGAGGGUGGUGUGGAAUGUAAACAAAGUGAUUUAACUUUACUGGCUCUGAUUCCGUAAUCGGAUUACGGUGGAUUGUCUUCAUUUUGACUGUAAUGUAUUUACAGCAAAGGCAAAAACAUUAAAAAUAUAUAAAAAGUUUAAAAAAAAAACUGGUGAAGUCGCCCACGGCGAGCUCGAAGGCCUCGCCAAGACGGCCGGGACCAACACAUACAUAAACCAACCUUCAGAAAAUUAAAGCAGUUGGUCGCUGCAGGAACUUAUUCAUUGGUCACUCCAACCUUACUCGAAUCCCACCCUUCACAGAGCCCCAAAUUCUGAUUGUGGGGUCACCUUUCACCAUAUCAGCGCCAUCCAAGACAUUCAACCCUAACAAACCCCAGAACCAUUAUCCUUAGAAAAAGGUUUAAAAUCCCCGAACCCAGAUACGUACUGCAUGUACAACCCUCACACCAAUUAAUGCCUUUUAAUUCAUUGAGAAAUUGUACCUCCAGUCAAAGGGAAACCGUAGAAUCCACAAAAAAAAAACAUUCAUCACACACAUUUACACAACAUUCAUGAACUUGAAACCCCUUGAUUAAUAAUGCAACCUUUGCUUUUCACCCAAUGCACAGUAGCACCAUGUGGUGGCGUGACUAUAUAUCCAAGCCAGGGUUCUGAGGUUUUCAUUAACAAUACCUUGGCCACAGGCCACGGCCCAGUGGCGCACCGACGGUGGUCUCGGUAGCACAGGUAACAGAAAUCUUCAAACCAAUCGCAGCGAUUAUCUUGUACAGCGCUGGUCUCUGACGGCUCACUCAGCUCCGUGGGGGGUAAACCUGACCUGAAUGUCACCUCAGGGGAGCGGUGACGUGUCGGGGGCUCCUGGCAUUCAUUCACACGUGUGGUUGCUCAGACAAAUAUGGAAUGUGUGGCCCUCUUG